ACCGAGCCGAUUCGUGAACACCAUCCGCUCGGCAAGUUUCGGCUGCGUUGGCCGCGAUUCGCCCUUCCUAUAUAUAUGUAUAUUAUCAAUUCUCGUCUUCCAAUCGAAUCGAGCUCCGCUCCGAAGACACUGGCGAAGGAAAUGGGGUUGUCUCUCAUCGAGGGGUUCACUAAGUCGCUGGCCAUGACAGUGCUCUCCGAGAUCGGGGACAAGACCUUCUUCGCAGCCGCGAUCUUGGCAAUGCGUCAUCCUCGGAAGCUUGUUUUAUCAGGUUGUUUAACAGCCUUAAUUGUCAUGACUAUUCUCUCUGCAUCUCUUGGUUGGGCUGCCCCAAAUCUGAUUUCUCGUAGAUGGUCGCACCAUUUAACAACUGUGUUAUUCUUUGGAUUUGGGCUUUGGUCAUUGUGGGAAGGAUUUACAGAAGAAGGGGAGGCUGAAGAAUUGAAAGAAGUAGAAGCUAAAUUGAACGCUGAUUGGAAGGCUGAAACUGGAAGCAACAAGGGAGAUUCUAAGGUGAGGGAAGACUUAAAGAAACAACAGAGGCCAUUUCUAACUCAGUUCUUCUCGCCCGUCUUCCUAAAGGCAUUCUCCAUCACUUUCUUCGGCGAGUGGGGUGACAAGAGCCAGAUAGCUACAAUCGGGUUGGCCUCUGAUGAAAACCCAUUUGGUGUGGUUCUCGGGGGCAUCGUCGGACAAGCAUUCUGCACCACAGCAGCAGUCCUCGGAGGAAAGAGCUUGGCGUCCCAGAUAUCAGAAAAAAUGGUUGCACUCUCCAGCGGCGUACUUUUCUUAAUAUUUGGUCUGCUUUCCUUUCUAUCAGUAACAGGAGAGUAAUGAAUCCUGACUGCUCCACAAUUUAUUUGAACUUAAAUGUAGUUGAUCAUAUAUAUCAUCCUCUGUUCAAUGAGCCAUGGAGAAUCUACGAUCAAAAAACUGUUAUAUGUAAUGCAAAAAAAAAUUUAUGCUAGGAUUAAAAUUAAAUAAUAUUAGAUUGGUUUUUAU